AUGUCAGUGAAGUGGAGGAUGGGAGGCGGGAAUGGGAUGGGAAGGGGUUGGGAAUGGGGAUGGGAUGGGGAUGGAGAUGGAGAUGGGGAUGGGGAUGGGGAUGGGGAUGGGGAUGGGGAUGGGGAUGGGGAUGGAGAUGGGGAUGGGUAUGGGGAUGGGGAUGGGGAUGGGGAUGGGGAUGGGGAUGGGGAUGGGGAUGGGGAUGGGGAUGGAGAUGGGGAUGGGGAUGGGUAUGGGGAUGGGGAUGGGGAUGGAGAUGGGGAUGGGGAUGGGGAUGGGAUGGGGAUGGGGAUGGGGAUGGGGAUGGGGAAGGGGAAGGGGAAGGGGAUGGCGGAGCAAUGA